AUGACACUGAAAAUAACCAUUUAUGUCACGGAAACGGUUGGUUUUACACAACAGUCAUAUUGUAAAAUACAAGACUUUUGUCUUUCUCAAGUAGAGUUAUCACAGAUUAAUGAUCACAGAAAUGGUUAUAUGAUGUGCAAAGAUAGCGGUUCCGGUAAUUGUGUGUCCAAUUCGUAUAACUCCUAUCGAUGCGAUUGUUUUAAUAAUGUAUCACUUUAUUGGGAUUAUAGACAAUUCAAAUGUGUGAAAAAACCAAAUUGUUUGUCUAUUAGCUGUAGUGACCCAAUGACCCAAUUGUGUGUUGAAGAUACUAGAGAUGGGCCCAAAUGUAAGUGUAUAUUCAAUGAAAGGGUACAAUAUUAUGAUGAAAAUGAGGGUAAAGGCGAACCAAAGUGUGUGCCAUUAGAUUAUUGUAAUCCAAAACAUCAGCUAUUAUUGCCCACAAUAUAUCGUAAUCCAGAUCCGUGUGGGACAGGAAAAGAUAACACUAAAUGUUUGUCACGAAAAUUACAAUAUGAUUUGAUUGGUUCUAAAUGGAUAAUUGAUUAUAUCUGUGUCUGUAAACCGGGAUACCAGACAAUCAUGGAUGACAAUCAUAAGACUACAUGUAAAUCACAUUUGUGUGAUUUGAGUGCAGCCAACAAAUGUGACCAAAAGUGUAUGAAUGAUGACAACAAUGCCGAUGGAUAUACCUGUGGAUGUGAUUUAAUGUAUGAUAGAAUUGAUAAUUACAAAUGUCAACUAAAAUCUACUGAAAAAUGUGAUUGUAAUCAAACCGCUUGGUGUGGAUCUGAUGGUAAGUGUCAGUGCAAACGUGGAUUCAAAAUUGAUGAUAAUACUGGAAAAACAUGUAUACUAUUAACAAUGCCUGUCGAUAAAUCUGUUUGUUUGAAUGGAAAAACUAAACUAAUGAACAAUGAAAUAGUAUGCGACUGUCCGUCAAAAGGUUAUACUGUGGUUAACGGUAUGUGUAAACCGAUUGAUGUGUGCGCCGAUGGCCAGGAAGGACAACAAGUUUGUGCCGCCAAAAAUGCUACCUGUAUUUUGAAUGCACGACAACCGGAUCAGUAUGAAUGUCAGUGUUUACCCGGAAUGUACACUAAAUUUUCUAUCUAUGAAAAAGACCGAACAGUUUGUGUAGAUUAUUGUCUGUAUGAGAAGCGCAACGAUAUAUGCAAAACAAUUGAUGCGAUUUGCGAUCCAACAGUCAAACCAAAAUUAAAUGAACAAAUUAUAGAUUUUUGUGUUUGUAAACCGGGAAACAAGUGGGCAUACGAUAGCAAUUUUAUGCAUUGCGAACCGGUAGACAAAACAGUUAACUUUACUGUCAAUAUUAGAGAUGUGAAUGUAUUUUUGAAUCAAUCAUAUCCGUCACCGAUAGAUGGAUAUUCAGAUGUUUACGACUAUAUCGAUAUAUUGAACAAAGAAAUGAUUAGAAAUACCGAAAUCGAGAGAUCAAAGUCUGGCUUUUAUUACAAAGAGUUAGUUAAGUCCGAUAUAUUGUCUUUCAUGCGAUUGGCCAUCAAUUCAACAUCAUUUAGACCCGACAACUACCGGCAAAAUCCAGUUGAUGUGACCAUAUAUUCCUGUUACUACAACCGCUCUACUGAUUACUACAAAUGUGUAUUUGUCUUAUCACUGGAUCGGUCUGUUAUGGACAACAAGCCGUCACAAUUGGUCGAAGAGAUUAAGAAGUUGUGUUUUGUCGAUCAAACUAAUAAACUAUGUUUUUUCCCGACCCUAAUGGGACCACCAUUGCCGCCGCCAUCGCCAAUAACUAUUCAGUUAGUACUUAAUUACUGUGUCUGA